GCUGAGGCAGAGAGUGGAGCGCAGAGGAGAUAAGAGGCUGGAGAUCGCUAAAAUCAGCAUUCAAGUUGGCUCCCAAUUCUUGGUGAAACUCCCAAAGGGAGACUGUUAAGUCAUGAAAUUAAUUGCCAUCAUUUUCCUUUGCUCCAGGCUGCUACUAAGUGUAACCCAGGAGUCCUUGCAAGAAAUCGACUGCAAUGAUGAGGAUGUAUUUAAGGCUGUGGACACGGCUCUGAAGAAAUAUAACAAUGGGAAACAAAGUGGCUACCAGUUUGUGUUGUACCGCGUCAUGGAGGUCACCAAGACGGAUGACCCUGACACAUUUUAUUCCUUCAAGUACCAAAUCAAGGAGGGUGAUUGUCCUGUUGGAAAUGGCACAACCUGGCAGGAUUGCGACUACAAAGAUUCUGAGCAAGCUGCCACAGGAGAAUGCACAGCGACCAUAAGGAAGAGUGAGGAUAUGAGGUUCUCCGUGGCUACCCAAACCUGCCAGAUUACUCCAGCCGAGGGCCCUGUGGUGACAGCCCAGUACGAAUGCCUUGGCUGCCUGCACCCCAUAUCAACUGCAAGCCCCGACUUGGAACCCGUUCUGAGACAUGCUGUGCAAUAUUUUAACAACAACACGGGUCAUUCCCACCUCUUUGCUCUUAGAGAAGUAAAAAAAGCUCAAAGACAGGUGGUGGCUGGAUGGAACUAUGAUAUUACUUACUCAGUUGUACAAACUAAUUGUUCCAAGGCGAAUUUUCUAUUCUUAACUCCAGACUGCAAGUCCCUUUUGAAUGGUGAUAUCGGUGAAUGUACGGGGAAAGCACAAGUGGAUAUUCAGCUAAGAGUUGCUUCUUUCUCACAGAACUGUAACCUUUUACCAGGGGAGGAUUUUGUACAACCACCUUCCAGGAUUUGCGCUGGCUGCCCCAUAGAUAUACCUGUCAACAGCACAGAACUGGAGGAGCCUCUGAAUCAUUCCAUUGCAAAGCUUAACGCAGAGAAUAACGGAACUUUCUAUUUCAAGAUUGACAUUGUGAAAAAAGCAAAAGCACAGGUGGUGGCUGGAAUGAAGUAUUUUAUUGAAUUCACAGCCAGGGAAACCACAUGUUCCAAGGAACGUAAUGACGAGUUGACCGAUAGUUGUGAGAUCCAUAAAUCUGGACAAAUUCUAGACUGUAAGGCUGUAGUCUAUGUGAUACCCUGGGAGAAGAAAAUUUACCCUACUGUCAACUGUCAAUCACUACAAACGAUCUCAUUGCUGAAAAGGCCUCCAGGUUUUUCACCUUUCCGAGCAGCACAAGUGGUGGAAACAAAAGAAGGAACAACUGUAAGUCCACUCCACACUUCCGUGGCACCUGUACAAGACGAAGAGCAGGAUUCAGGAAAAGAACAAGGACCCACUCGUGGGCAUGGCAGGGGCCAUGGAAAGCAAAUAAAACAUGGCCUUGGCCAUGGUUAUAAACACGAGCAUGACCAAGGCCCUGGGCACCAAAGGGGACAUGGCCUUGGCCAUGGACAUCAAAAGCAACAUGGCCUUGGCCAUGGACAUCAACAGAAAAUUAACUAUGGUCUUGAACACCAAGGGACUCAUGGCCUUGGCCAUGGACAUAAACGUGAACAUGGUCGUGGCCAUGUAAAACAUAAAAAUAAAGGAAAAAACAAAGGAAAGCACAAUGGUUGGAAAACAGAGCAUUUGGCAAGUUCUUCUGAAGAUAGUACUACGUCUUCUGCACAGACACAAGAGGAGUCAGAAGGGCCAACACCCCUCCCUUCCCUAGCCCAGCCAGGUGUAGCAGUUACCUUUCCUGACUUUCAGGACUCAGCUCUCUUUGCAACUGUGAUGACUAAUACCCCACUAGCUCCCACAGAUAGUGAUGAUGAUUGGAUCCCUGACGUCCAGAUAGAGCCAAAUAGCCUGUCAUUUAACCUGAUAUCUGAUUUUCCAGAAACAACCCCCCCCAAAUGUCCUGGACGCCCCUGGAAGCCAGUUGAUAGAAUGAAUCCAACUGUGGAAUCUAAAGAAUUUCAUGAUUUCAGUCUCUCUGAUGCUCUUAAUUAAUUUAUGCAGCCACAGGUAUUUCUUUAACACUUUAUCAUCCCUCUCCCCAGUGUCCAAAUAUCCUGAUAUAAGGCACCAAAAACCAUGAAGCUUCAGAACAGCCUAGAUAGAAGUGGUGAGACUCCCAGUGGGGACACUGUCAAUCUCUAUGGAUGACAUAAAACUGUGUGCAGAAUUCUAAAUCCUUUCUGAGUCUUCCUCACAAGUUUUCUUAACUAGCACAGAAAAUAGACAAACUAAUGUGCCUUAUGGCCUACUGCAAUUUGCUUUUCUGAUAAUGAACGUGUACCUUAAAACGCACGUCAUCAAUUUUCAUACAAAGAUUCUUGACAUUCUGAAUAAACUACAGCAUCUGGUCCCCAAACACAUGUGAAAAUAAGGGAAGUCAAGAGACUGAAUGUUGAAAUUCUUAAUGGGGAAAAAAUAAUAAUAAAACCUCCAAGAGGGACAACAAGAAAGGCAGAUUGGCCAAAGGGAGGACAGGGAGAAGUCAAUUAAUUGACUUUCUGUUUCCAAAAGUGGCUAGUUACAUCCAAUAGUUACUCCCACUUGACAAAGCAAUUCUGAGAAUUCUCUUUCUGGGUGAGAGUGUUUCUCAUGAAUCAAUAAUUUCUGUUUACUCAUUAACCACUCUUCGCAACAAGGCUUUCAAA